UUUUAUCUGUGGCUUUCUUUUGUGUUCAUCCCACCACUUUUGUUUAGUUUUGGGGUUUUGGGGAUUCCAUGGAGUUUGCUGGCACUUGUCACAUACCCUCUUUUGGCUUUUACCCCUUUUACGCUUCUUUCUCGGAGCUAAAUCUGGACCCCACUGUCCACCUCCAUUCAUUGAACCUGCAAUAAACCCUCGUCAUUUCAUCAUACAGAUCUCUCCGUCUCCAAUUCUCUUUCCAUUUCUCUGAUUGCAUCAUCAUCUUCAUCAUUCAAGGCGGUGGAUAACGUCUCUAGGAUGUGUUCAAGUAAGAAAGGAUUUGCGCUUUAUGCUCCCUGAGUAGUAAAGUACAGAAAUUUACUCGAGAAAGAUGGAUUUCUUGGUGAUUGAUUAGGUUUAGGACAUGGGUUUUGUGUUCCUUUAGCUGAAUUUUCGGCUAGUGUAAAUUUGAUGCGUGUUUCAAGGGCGAAAAUAGGGUUUUCGUGUUUCUCGUUUCGGAUUUAGAUUGAUCUAAGAUUCUCUUCGAGAUAUCAAUGGAUGGCAAUUUAUCAUCUGGGAAUAUGAUUUCUGGUGCGGGAGGAAGUUUCGAUUUACAAAAUUCCAUGCGAGUUCAUCAUCAACAACAUAAUAACCCUUUCACACUUCAUCAACAUCAUCUUCAUCAACCCCAAUCCAAUAGACAACAAAUUCAUCCUUCGAUUCACGAGAAUUUCCCUCUUCGUAUGGGAGCGAUUCAAGACUGCGACCGCCAUACCCAAACCAUAUCUCUAGUAGAUUUCUCAAAAGGGGAAAGGGGAAAGAGUUCAAUUAGCGAUGAAGACGAACCAAGCUUUGCAGAAGAUGGCCACGAUAGCAGACACGAUGAUACCAGAGGCAAAAGCAUGUCGCCAUGGCAACGAGUAAAAUGGAGUGACCCCAUGGUUAGGCUUCUGAUAACCGCUGUUUCUUACAUAGGUGAAGAUGCUGCCAUGGAAUACGGCGGCGGAUCUAGAAGAAAAUACUCAAAUCUACAGAAAAAAGGUAAGUGGAAAUCCGUGUCAAAAGUGAUGGCUGAAAGGGGUCAUUUCGUUUCACCUCAACAGUGUGAAGAUAAGUUCAACGAUCUUAACAAAAGGUACAAAAGACUUAACGAAAUUCUCGGUAGAGGCACUUCUUGUGAAGUUGUUGAAAACCCUUCUCUUCUUGAUAUAAUGGAUCAUGUUUCUGAUAAAGGAAAAGAAGAAGUUCGGAAAAUUUUAAGCUCAAAACACUUAUAUUAUGAAGAAAUGUGUUCGUAUCAUAACGGAAAUCGUCUCCAUCUUCCUCCUGAUCUGGAACUCCAGCGAUCUCUUCGAAUAGCUCUUAAAACCAGAGACGAUCAUGAAACCAAUGAUGGAAGAAAAGGUUCACAUGAAGAUGAUCAUGAUGAUGAAGAUCACGAUGCAUACAUGGAUGACCAUGAUCAUGAUCAUGAUCAUGAUGAGUAUGACGAUCAUCAUCCUCAUCAUCAUGGGCUACAGUUGGAUCCAAGAACAGGAUACGGGGCGGGUGGGGUGGGUGAGGGAUCUUCAAAAAGGGCAAAACAAUGUGAGAAUUUCAGUUCACAGGCUAAGAACUUGCAGGGUGACAUGAGUCAAGGUGUAACAGAGGGUAUGAAAACGAAUAUGUUACAGGAUCAAUGGAUGAAACAUCGAUUGUUGCAAUUAGAAGAACAGAAGAUACAGAUUCAAUCACAAAUGCUGGAAUUGGAGAAAGAACGGUUUAAGUGGCAGAGGUUUCGCCGGAAAAAAGAUCGGGAAUUGGAAUCGAUGAGGAUGGAAAACGAGAGGAUGAAAUUGGAGAACGAACAGAUGUCUUUGGAGUUAAAGAGGAAGGAGAUGGGUUCAGAUCUUAACUAAUAUGAUUUGGAAAUAAGAUUCGCGGGUAUUUUUCCUUUUUUGAAUUUUCAUUUUUGGUUACUUUUUUUUUUUUUUUUUUUUUUUUAAAUCUUAGUUUUAUAGCCAUGAAUGUGCAUGAUGUUUGCGGUAGAACAAGACAUAUCUUUGACCUUUAUGACGUUUGAUUGUCUGUUUUUUGCUCGUUAGAUGUUUAUAACAGUAUUUUGUCGUUAUCGUUCA